GAGAUAUGGAGUUGAUAAGCUGCAUGCUCUUUCUCUUCUUAAGCCUCUCCCUUCUUCUACUCUUCAAUAGCAAAAGAUCAUCAUCGAGGCAAUGGAAGAAUAAGCGCCCUCCAGGGCCAAAAGGUUACCCACUCAUCGGAAACUUACUGGAGAUGGGUGACAAACCCCACCAAUCUCUGGCCAUUCUGGCCGCAUCCCACGGCCCCAUCAUGAGGCUGAAGCUAGGCCAAAUGACGACCAUCGUAAUUUCCUCAGCCGCCAUGGCCAAGCAAGUCCUCCAAACCCACGACCAAGCCCUAUCCGACCGAACAGUCCCGCACUCAUCAACGGUCUACGACCACGACAAGCUGGGCUUCCCAUGGCUCCCAGUUUCCGACCUCUGGAGAACCCUCCGAAAAGUAUGCAACAACCACAUGUUCUCCCACAACGCCCUCGACUCCCACGAACCCAUUCGCCGCAACAACGUCGGCCGCCUUCUGGCCGACAUCCGGCGCAGCGCCCACAACGGAGAGUCGGUGGAUAUUGAAAGAGCCGUGUUUGGAGCUGCUUUCAACAUGCUCUCCAACACCAUCUUCUCCGUGGAUUUGGCGGACCCCAAUUCCGAGUGGGCCAAGGAGUUUAAGGAAACGGUGUGGGGGAUUUUGGAGGAGUCUGGGAAGUUCGACGUUGGAGAUUAUUUUCCGGUGCUCAAGUGGAUGGACCUCCGCGGCAGCCGGCGCCGGAUGAUGGUUUACAUCAAGAAGUUCUUGGAUAUGAUCGUUGAGAUGAUUGAGGAGCGGUUCCGGCGCCAGGAAUUUGCCGGCGGAUUCGAUGGAGGGCAUCGUGAUAUGUUUCAUAACCUUCUCAACCUUCCCAAAGAAAAUACUUAUCCCAACUUUGACGUCUAUUUGAUCAAGCACUUGAUAUUGGUUCUAUUUCCGGCUGGGACUGACACAACUACAUCCACAGUACAGUGGGCAAUGGCAGAGCUAUUAAGAAAUCGAAAAAUUCUAUUAAAAGCUCAAACUGAACUCAGAGAAGUGAUCGGAAAAGACCCACUUAAGGAAUCUGACUUCUCAAGACUACCUUUUCUUCGAGCAAUUGUGAAAGAAACUUUGCGGCUGCAUCCGCCAGCUCCUCUACUACUUCCACGAAAAGCAAGAGAAGACACCAAAAUUGAAGGCUUCCUAAUACCAAAAGAUGCUCAAGUUAUUGUCAAUGCAUGGGAGAUUGGAAGGGACAAAAGCAUUUGGGAAGAUGCCAGUUCGUUCAAACCGGAGAGGUUCUUAGGAUCCGAGAUCGAUUUUAAGGGUAGAAAUUUCGAACUAAUUCCAUUUGGUGCUGGUCGAAGAAUUUGUCCGGGAUUGCCAUUGGCAACAAGGAUGGUACAUUGGAUUUUGGGUUCGUUGAUUCACUCAUUUGAUUGGAAACUUGAAGAUGGGAUUACGCCAGAAACCAUCAACAUGGAUGAGAAGGUUGGUCUGACUGUGGUCAUGGCCCAUCCCCUCCGAGCUAUCCCUCUCAUCGUCUAAAUCAUUUUGAUGGGUUGUUCUUUUACCUAUUUUCUUCUCUUCCCCUUUCCUUUUUCUCCU